AAGACAAAUCCAAAGGAAAAUCAAAGUGUUAACCAUUAAACGAAGUUAAUCUACCUAACAAAUGAAAAACAUUCCAUUGAACGAUUGAAAAACAUUUCCAUCUUAAGAAAAUAUUUUCGUCACGUGCAGUCAAUAGAAAGUGAAAGUAUUGCAGAUGCUUUUCCCAGAAGUUAUUUAUAUCUUGUUGUAGAUGCGGUAGCGAAUACUACGGCUCUUCUCAUCUUGCCAAUUUUCGGUGGUAUUUCUUUCCGGUUGCAAUUUCAGUCUAUGAGUGAUACUCUGCAGUUGAAAUCAGAUACGAUUGAGUGACUAUUUAAUUUUUCCAUUUGUCGAUUAUAUUAAAAAAGAAAUAAGCGCAUAUUAUAUGGCAACUUUCGAGGUGUGUUCUGAGCUGUAUGCUGAAACGGACUUUUCUACAACGGACACAACAAAUGGAAACAGCAUAUCUAAAUUUACAUUCAUCUAUCCGAAAGAAAAUGAAAAAUGUAAAGGCGGCAAACAAAUUGUUUGUAGUGUGGAAGAAGAAGGUAUCAAACUUAAUUUCAACGGCUCUGGUUUGAAUGGGGCGGAUAACCACAGCAACAGCCAUUCCAAUGGAACACAAAGGAUUACAUUAAAUGACAUUAAGAAUGCUUCUUUUGAUGACUGUUUAGCAGAUGGCAACAGUGUGUCGAAGGAUUCAAUUGAAACUGAUAAAGAUGGAGAUUUGAUAGUUGAACGUAGGAAAAAAGGAGUAAUUGAAAUAGAACAUCUCAAAUCAACGAAACUUGAUCUGGUUGGGCUGCAAAUCUGGAGAGGGGCUUUAUUGCUGGCAGAUUAUAUUCUACAUAACGAGAAAAAGUUUAAAAAUAGAAAAAUUUUAGAGUUGGGGUCAGGAGUUGGUUUAACCAGCAUAGUAUCUAGCUUAUACGCGCGCGAAGUCGUUUGCACUGAUAUUAAUGUCGGCGGUCUUCUGGAGCUGAUUCAGGCGAACAUCACGCGAAAUUCCAAUCUGAAAAAUCCUAGUUGUAAUGUCGUUGUUACUGAACUCGAUUUCAAAGUGCAAUACGCUAAGUAUUCUGAUGAACUCAAAGCACAACUUCAAGAUGUGGAGUAUGUAAUAGCUGCCGAUGUGAUUUAUGAUGAUGAUAUAACCGAAGCCUUCGUAGUGACAUUGGAGAAUUUACUGUUGGAGUUACCAAAGCUGAAGGGCGUUUAUAUAGCUCUUGAAAAACGUUAUGUUUUCACCGUGGAAGACAUGGAUUCGGUAGCCCCAAGCUAUGAACAUUUCUUGAGAGUAUUUUAUAGAAGAAAUAAUAGGUUUGGAAUUACGCGGUGGAAACUUAUGCAAAUUCCAUUGAAUUUUCCUCGUUACUUUGAAUAUGAAAAAAUCAAAGAUCUUGUAUUGUUAAAAAUAUCCAAUUGAUACAAGAAAUGUGUCAAUAAAAUUUGAAUGUAACUUUAA